AUGUGUUCCACCAGGCUUCUGUUGGAAGAAUAUGGAAGGCACUCGGCUAGAAUUGCAACCACCGUAUUCCAAGCAAUGGCCAAAAGCCUCAAUCUAAAUCCCGAGCAAUCCAAGCCUUAUUUGUCAGAAUCCACUGGAUUUAUACGUGUUUAUCGAUACCCUCUGUGCUCUAUGGCUAAUGAGACAUGGGGGAUGGAAGCUCACACAGACAGCUCAGUACUUUCCAUAAUGAACCAGGAGCAAGUUGGUGGAUUUGAACUUCUCAAGGAUGAUAAAUGGCUCCAGGUUGAGCCCAUUCCUGAUGCGUUAAUUCUCAACCUUGGAGAUAUGAUGCAGGCCAUAAGCAAUGAUGGAUAUAAGAGUGUUAAACACAGAGUGAAGCCAAACAAAUAUGGGGAGCGAUACUCAAUAUGCUACUUCGUUUUCCCAGCUGAAGGGAGUGUGAUACAAAGCCCAAAGUACAAGCCUUUCACUUACAGUGAUUUCCAGGCACAAGUGCAGCAAGAUAUAAAGACGAUGGGGUUCAAGAUUGGGCUUGACAGGUUCAAGUUCAAGCAAGUUUAA